UCCGUCAAGUCGCUCAAUCGCCAAUACACGAUAAACGAACUCCCCGUCCUCCAAGAAACCAACCCUUACGAUGGGGCCGAAGAAUUCAACCCAGUCAACGAGGAAGGUUCUUUCGACCUUGUCGCUCCGUACGAGGGCGACGGAGUUCCUCUGCACAGUCUCGAGCGUCAGGCCGAAUUAAUGUUCUCCGCGCGACACAUGGUUACCAUUCUCUCGAAUCCGCGAUAUCUGGCGCGCUUUCGCGACUUUUUGUCUGAAGAGCGCCCGCGAUCAAUCCCUACAUUAACGUAUUAUCUUAAUGCCUGUAAGGCCCUCAAGGCUAUUCAGUAUGCGAACGCUUUAGUGCGAUUAUCGGUCGAUGUGCCCACGGCUGGUGUGAAGCAGUCGAAUCCCGUCGGCCUGGUUGACAGCCCUGCGCUCGAAAAACGUGUGCAGGACGCGCUGAUUGCGCUGACAGCGGAAGAACUACCUGCGUUCAUCACGGCAACAUGUAUUACCAUCACCAGCAAAGUUGUGGAAGAGCGCAUACGAGGCACCCUGCCGGAUCGGUUCAGAGGAACGGCAGACGCAUUAGCCGAGGUGUUCUGUUUGACGGAUCCUUCGCGACCGGAUAAUCCGAUUAUUUUCGCUUCGGAGGAAUUCCACCGCACGACGCAAUAUGGUAUGGACUACGUCCUUGGACGAAACUGCCGCUUCUUGCAAGGCCCCCAGACGAAUCCCAACAGUGUGCGACGGAUUCGUGAAGCGAUAAAAGACGGUCGACAUCAUUCCGAGCUCUUCCUCAACUAUCGCCGCGACGGCUCCCCAUUCAUGAACCUCCUCCAAUGCGCCCCUCUCUGCGACAGCCAAGGCAAGAUCCGGUACUUUAUCGGGGCACAGAUCGACGUUUCGGGACUAGCGAUGGACGGCGCGCAAAUGGAUUCUCUGCAUAAUCUGAAAGCGCAAAUAGAGUCUUCCGAGCGAGAAGAAAGCUCGGAACAUCGACAAGAAACAAAGAGCGAGUUCCAAGAGCUCGGAGAACUCUUCAGCCCGAAAGAGCUGCGCAAUGUCAACGAGCACGGAGGAAGCUUAUUCCAACCGGUCCUCGAUGCCGGUGGUCGCACCUGGCUGAUGCCGGAAUCUCCUCGAGAAGUGGAAGGUGGCGAAGUGCGCAUUGGAGGCCCCGCGCCGACAGCACCAACUCCAGCCAGUAAUUCGUUGGUUGGCGUUUAUAGACACUACCUGCUGGUCCGACCUUACCCAUCCCUUCGAGUCCUCUUUACGUCGCCAUCCCUCCGAAUCCCCGGUAUACUACAAUCCUCUUUCUUUGCGCGGAUCGCCGAGUCGAUAGAACGAGAUGAGCUGCACCAGGCUAUGAUGGUUGGACGCAGUGUCACGGCUCGGGUUCUGUGGGUGUCGCCGCGAAUGAAGGAACAGGGUCGCUUCCGCUGGGUCCAUUGUACUCCGCUGCUGGCCAACAACGGACAAGUGGGUGUGUGGAUGGUGGUGAUCGUUGAUGAUGAGGAUGAGCAUGUACGGUGGAAGGGCAGCUGGCCUACAAAUUAA